GCCAGUGGAGUACCUGAAGCCCAUCAGCCAUCCGUCGAAAGUUCCGACAACCCCUAAAAAUCGUGAACUCUCCCCAAAAAUGUUGGAAUCUGCAUAAAAAUUCAACUUCCCCGAGCUGAAUACCCUGCCGUUACCAAAGACAUUAGUCAUGGACUUCGCAAAAAGAACGACAACCAACCCCUAGUGCGCAAACCACCCGUCGCCAUCGAAUAGUCUUCAGACAAAAAAUAAAUAAAUCUGAAGAUGCCGGCGUGUGCCAGUGACAGCAUGACGCGUUUCUACCCGUCGCCGCCGCCGUCGCGGAGCAGUAGUGCCUCCCCGACCCUCUCCAGCUCCCCCAUAUCGAGUUUCCCUCCCAAGUCGUCGCACCUUGGGACCGCGCACCGCUCUAAAUCGACCUUCGCCGCAAGUUCCACCUCCACCAGGUCGCAGUCCUCCUCGCAGCCGCGACCCCCGAGGCGUCGCCAGGAGGUGCCUCCCUCCAGCGCGAAGAACCAGCCGCCGCGACCCCAGGAGGUCACCCUCCUCGCGAUCCUCCUGUCCCUGCUCUCCCCGAGGCGCCUCGUCAGCUGGUACUUCAGCCUCCUCUUCAGCCUGAUCUCCAGAUUCUACGAGGCAGUCGUCUUCACGAUCCGCGCGCCAGCGCUCUGGGCGUCCGCCUGGCUCUGCCUCUUCGUGGUGAUUCUCCAACUCCCCCUGACCCUCCUCAAGUGGUUCCUGAUGCUGCUCUACACCCCAGCCUCGGAACUCGCCAGGAGCAAGCGCUGCGUCCUGAUCAGCGGUGGCAGCACAGUCCAAGCAGUCCACCUGGCCCGAAACUUCCACAAGGCAGGUGCGCGCGUCGUCAUCUGCGAGGUGGAGGGCCUCUUCAGUCUCGCGAGAUUCUCAACCGCUUGUUCCAAGUUCUACACAGUCCCGAAGCCGGGACCCGGCAGCGCUGUCGAGUACGUGAAGGCCCUGAAGACCAUCGUCGAGAAGGAGAAGGCGGUGUACUACAUUCCGGUGUCAGCAGCGAACGCGGCGUACUACGACGCUCUGGCGAAACCGCACCUGGAGAUCGCCGGAUGCGAGUGCUUCGUCCCAGGUGCCUGCGAGGUCACCGCCCUGGACGACCCCCUGGAGCUCCUGAGGAGGUGCAGGCUGCUGGGGCUGACUAAUCCGAUCCACUUCGUCCUGAGGUCCACCGAGGAUGUAACCACCCUCUAUGAGACCGGCGCCCUCAGGUCGGGACGUCACGUGAUGCUGGCGGCGGGUCCGGCCGGCAUGCGGGAUCGAGCCAAAGUCCAGCUGCCGCUCAACGCCGAGGAGUUCAGGAACAUGCGGCAGGAGAUCAGCGAGAGGCGGCCGUGGGUGGUGAUCCGCGAUCCCGGCGGUCCGCACUUCAUCACCUGCACGACCGUCAAGGACUCCAGGGUCGUGGCCAACGUGACCUGCAGGGUCGACGAGGACAGGGGCCUGAUCCCCGAGGUCCGCGCUGACGUCACCCAGUGGCUGGACAGGUUCUUCGCGAGGUCCUUCAGCAGCAGGAUCAACGGACACCUCAGCUUCAGGCUCGUAAUCUCAGGUGACGACGAAAUCGUCACCAUUGGGUGCCGCGUCGGCGUCGGCAUGCCCUACGUCUGCCUGACCAGCGUUCAUCCGAGGCUGGUCUGGCGGCCCUGCAGGCACUUCUCCAGGCAGCAUUCGGGCCCGCUACUCGUCGGUGAAGCCUACGACGGACGGGACGCAUUCUCCAGUGCCAUCAAACAGGCGUCGAGUCUGAAGGCGAGUCCGCAUCGCUGCGCUAUUGAUAAGAGAGAAGCGCUCUUCGUCUACUGGGAUCCGCUACCCUAUUGUGUUUACUAUCAUCUUCAGUUGCCACUUCUGAGGAUUGCUGGGGCCAUUCGCGAACGCACACAGCACAAUCCACCGUUGGCGGUUGUUGUGCAGUGAUUUGGGGAUCGCGGGUCAAAAUGACACACGCAAAUGUUAACACAAAUAAAUUCAAUGCAAUUGCAACGCAAUUAAAAUGAAAUUAUCAACGGGGUCAUCGAAAUCAAUAAAUAUUCACUUCUGGCAUGAGAAUUCAUUAAAUGAAAGAUUAAAAAAAUAUGAACAAUACAGUGAAUUGCAUCGAUACGUGAGGAAGUAUAAAAUAUCGAAAGAAAAGAACGAUAAUCCAGUGUAUUGCGGCAAUAAAUGAACACAUUAAAUGAGUACAUCGGCAGAUUCAAUAAAUUGACAUCGAAUUACAAUUAAACUAAUCACAAAAAAUAAUAUCAUACUAGGCAACACUUCACAGUUUCUUUGAAAUCAACACCCAAUACUCAUAAUCACAAAAUAGUAUAUUUUGGGAUAUCUGUCUCAAAAGUGCACUUUUCGAAACGAUUUAGUGUGCGUAAAACAGUUGUUUUCCGCACCGCGUGCGUAAACUUCACGAGCGUACGAAAACAACCACAUUACCCCCACUACCGUUCCGAACAGUGAACUCGGCAGGUACCACAAAAAAUAGGAUGUGUUACACGUGCGUGUGAAAAAGUGGAACUUUACGCACUAGUAACAAAAUAUACUAUUUCGUCAAUUAUUAUUUUGGUGUUUUCGUAUAUUUUGGCCGUGUGACGAACGAUAUUUUUUAUCAGCACGGCUGUAGGUAGUGAUUUACGGAAUCGUUGCGGCGGGAAUGAUAAAAAAUAUUAUCAUCAACAAUACUUAUUCGAAUGUCAAUUACGCUGACGAUUCAGGUACUCUGAGAAUACUCUGAGGGAUCAUGUUACUAAUCUCUUAAUUAUUAUCACAAGUAGGGAUUACUGAGGUGACACAAAAUUCAAAUACACACACACACACACGUGUCAAAUUUGUAUAUGUUAAAUUGCCAAGUGUUGAAAAUGCAUGUGUUGAAUUUGUUUGUUAUAUUGACUGGUAAUAGAUCCAGAAAUUUUUGGUGGGAAAUCGAUUCAUCGAUAAAUCGGUCGGUAAUGAAGAGCUCCAUGCCCUUUUCCCAUCGCUCAAUCUCCGCUGCAUUUGCAUUGUCGGUUCAGUUGAUUUAUCGAAAUGUUGUGAAAUAUUUAUUGAAGUCCUUGUUUUUCACUCUGUGAAAUAGGGAUUUGUACGGACAAUACAAGUGAACUGUGGCGCGAUCUGAUUUGCCGGGAGUUUUAAUUAAAUUCCGAAACAGUUUGAAAAUAAGAGACAAUUAAUUAAUUUGUUUUAAUGUGGAGACAUUCGUCGGGAUAAUGAGGCAUUAAUGGUGGAUCUGUCUUGGGUCAUGAGUGUCACUAUUAUCGUGUAUUUAAACGGAUCGAUUUGAUUUUUUCAUUAUUUUUUUUUUAAUUUACGAUGAUGAGCUGCAAGUGUGUGGGUAAUGCUUGAGGUUUUAAUGAUAUUAAAAAAUGAGAGACUGAAAGAGAUGCGGACUGAGUGGAAAACAUUUCACUGCAUUAUCGCAAUGCCUCGCUGAUACGUCGGAAUUUUAUUCGCGAAAGUCCAAAAGCAUUUUGUCAUGAGAAAACGCCGUUUUUUUCUUCUUUGACGAGAUGAUUUAUCUGUUAUUGUAUGAUGAUAUUGUACAAAUUAAUUUUUUAAGGGUAGACUUAAGGAUUUUUUAGCUAUUGUAAUAGUAUUUGUACAGAAUAUAUUGAAAAUCAAAGGUGA